GAGCAAUUAUUCAGUGAGAGUCUACAAUUACAUUUCAGUUAACCUCCGAUGAAUUAAAUCAAGAAAGUAUGCAUACCCAGCUCUGAAAGUCAGAAGACACUAAUUCAAUCUUGAUGUUACUACGAAGAAAAAGGAGCAGACUUGUAGAACUUGGAAUAUUUCAUACCAAACAAUCUCAAUAUCAAAAGAAAUUGUCGUGGACAUGAAGAAGCCUAAACCUUACGAAUUACGAACUAUAUGCCUUGAGAGGAUCAACUCUUAGUCUCUAGCCUUAGCACUAGGACAUGGGAGCUUCUACUAAUUCCCAUAUCUACCUAACAUUUUGCUUCAGUUUCUUUAGCAAUAUUGUGGUAUCUCUGGACACCGUAACUGUAAUCCAAUCUCUUAGAAUUAACCAAACACUUGUAUCUCCGAAGGAAGUGUUUGAGUUUGGCUUCUUUAGCCCAAGCAGCUCCAUAUGGUACUUGGGUAUUUGGUACAAGGACAUUCCUGACAAAACAGUAGUUUGGGUGGCAAAUAGGGACACCCCACUUCAAAAUUCUAAUGGAACUCUCAGGAUUGGAGACAAGGGAAAUCUUGUUCUUCUUGAUCAAACACGUAAAUCUGUAUGGUCACCACCAAAUCAAACCACUGGUGCAAAUUCGGUUCUUCAAAUUUUGGACUCUGGAAAUUUGAUUCUCAAAGAAACAAACAAGAACGACACUACCAAUUCUUUGUGGCAAAGCUUUGAUCAUCCAAUAGAUACACUGUUACCAGGUAUGAAGCUGGGUUUGAACUUGGACACUGGCGUUGAGCACCGUUUAACAUCAUGGAAGAGCCUAGCUGAUCCAUCAAGUGGAGAUUUUUCCUUCAGAAUGAAACACAGCGAGCUCCAGAACUUUUCCUUUGGAACAAAGGUCAAGGUAUAUAGAAGUAGGACGUGGAAUGGUCUAGUUUUCACUUCAUUACCUGUACUGAAUCCAAAAUUUAUUCUUCAAGAUAACAUGUUUGGGGAUGCACACAAGGUAUACUACAUCAUUUCAAAUGUGAAUCAGUCAAGGCAUACUAGAGUUACAAUCAUUUGGACAGGUGAAAUUCAACGCCUUGUAUGGAUAGAAAGCAGCCAAAGUUGGAACAAAUUAUGGUAUGGACCUAAAGAUGAAUGUGACAAAUAUCCUACGUGUGGUCCAUAUAGUAUCUGUACUUCAAGUACUUUCCCAGUAUGCAGCUGCAUUCAAGGUUUCAAUGUAAGAAACCAGGAGGAGUGGAAUUUAAGAACUUUUUCUAGUGGGUGUGUGAUAAACACAGCACUAGAUUGUGGGAAUGACAAGUUUCUGCAUCUGCAGCAUGUGCAACCACCAGAAACAACUAUGGUAUUUGUGAACAGGAGCAUGACCCUUGUAGAAUGUGAAGGUAUGUGCAUGAAGGAUUGCUCUUGCACCACUUAUGCAAAUGUGGAGAUUACUAAUGGAGGGACUGGUUGUGUGAUGUGGACUGAUGAGCUCUUAGACACGAGGCAGUUUUCUGAUGGUGGCCAAGAUCUAUAUGUCAGAUUAGCAGCUUCAGAUGUAGAAGUCAUUGACACAGGAUCUGCAGUUAGCACUCCAAAGGAAAAUAAUACAGGCAAGGUUGUGGGCAUUAUUGUUGCUGCAGCUAUUGUGUUUUUGGGAAUGAUUAUCGUUUUCUUAUGGAAGAUGAGAAAAUUACCUAGUAUUUGGAAAUGGAAAUGGAAAGCCUCAGAAAAAGGUGCUUUAGAGAGAAAUCAGCAUCUUCGGGUAAUACUUUCAACUAUUAGAGAUUCCUCAGGUGGAAGGAAUAUAGAUCACCUGCGGUUGCCAUUGUUUGAUUUCAACACAAUAACAAUGGCUACUAACAACUUCUCAGAAGCAAAUAAACUCGGACAAGGAGGUUUUGGCAGUGUUUACAGGGGUAGGUUGGUUGAUGGCCAAGAGAUUGCCGUGAAAAGGCUAUCAAAAACCUCAGGGCAAGGAAAUGAAGAAUUCAAGAAUGAGGAAAAAUCAAUUGCUAAACUUCAACAUAGGAAUCUUGUUCGACUUUUUGGUUGCUGUGUUGAGAAGGAGGAGCAGAUGUUGGUCUACGAAUACAUGGAAAACAACAGCCUAGAAUCUAUUUUAUUUGACAAGGACAAAUGUUCCUUACUUGACUGGCAAAUGCGCUGCGACAUAAUAUGUAAAAUAGCUAGAGGGCUACUUUAUCUCCACCAUGAAUCCAGACUAAGAAUUAUCCAUAGGGAUCUCAAGGCAAGUAAUAUUCUACUUGAUAGAGAAAUGAACCCAAAGAUAUCAGAUUUUGGAAUGGCUAGAAUUUUUGGCAUUGGUCAAACACAAGCAAAUACAAGGAGAGUUGUAAGAACAUAUGGUUAUAUGUCUCCUGAAUAUGCAAUGGAUGGGCUAUUCUCAGUGAAAUCUGAUGUUUUCAGUUUUGCGAUUCUUGUGUUGGAGAUAGUAAGUGGCAAGAAGAACAGGGGAUUUUAUUCCAAAGAAGACAUAAAUCUUCUUGGGCAUGCAUGGAGGCUUUGGAAAGAAGGGAGAGCAGUGGAACUAAUAGAUUCAUCAUUUGCUAAUUUCCAUUUAACAUCACAAGUUUUGAGAUGCAUACAUGUUGGCCUUGUAUGUGUUCAAAAUUAAGCAGAACAUAGGCCAACAAUAUCUUCUGUGGUCUUGAUGCUUAGUAGUGAAAUUGCAUCAAUACCUGAGCCUAGAAAACCGGGUUUUAUCCUUGGAAAGAGUCAUGCUGAAACUGAUUAUUCAGUUAAUCAAGAAGAAUCAUACACAG